AUGGGAUAGAGUGUUAAAUAUUAUCUAGAGUAUACUGAUAAUCUGCUUGAAAAUUAUUCAGAACAGAUUAAUUCCGAGUACUUUGGUCCUCAUUAUGCUUCUUAAUAUGAACUAAAAACAAAAUUCAUAACUCACUUUAAAACUUGUAAUAACAAAAUUUAAGAAUAAAGAAAAACCUCUUAAAUGGUCUGUACUACCAAUUAUACAGAUUAAGAAAUAGCUUUAAACUCAAUAGAAAAAAAUGAGAAAUUUUUAAUUAAUAAGAAUUAAAUUCUUGAUUAUUAAUUUGAUUUAGAUUCUAAAAAUGUGAAUUUAUCAUAUAAUAAUUCAACAAAUGCUCCAAAAAGCAUACUUAAAAAAAAGGAUUAAAAAACAUCUAAGCCCCAAAAUAGCGUGAGGUUUAUAAAUACUGAUUUAUAAAUAAAAUUUAGUCUCACUCAACAAAAACAAUUAGGGUAAUUACUUAAGAGAAAACGUAAUUGA